GCGAAAUAAAAAGAAAAAAAAAGUUAAAUGAAGCUGUGAAACAAGAUCGUGCUCCACUGUGCUGUGUCGAAGGGAGAAGAAAAUCGAAUGUUUUUCGAGAAAAUUCAUGUUCCACAAGUGUACAGAACGACACUGUGAAUGAUUAGAUACGUUUUAUGUGUGCAUGUUACCGGCAAGAACGACUGCAAUCGUUGUAAAGUUUUGGCUUUCUGUGCUUGAGACAUUUGUAGUUUCCUCUUGUUAGGUUUUUGUUGUGUUAGUGGGUUCGUGGUUUGAAAAUUACGUGUAUUGUGCCUGUGUGUGCGUGUGUUUAUUGUGCGUACGGAAGAAGACGCGUUUGGCGGGAUCCAAAAAGGUGCUUUCGACACGAGAUCUACAAACGGAAGCUUUUACCAUCUGCAAUCAAGGGGUGCUUCUAGGCAGGUUCAUCUCCACGGCAACCGAGAUCAUGUCGCUGCGCGGAUUCAGAAAGCCUGCACAGAACGGGAAUGCCGAUGGGAAUGAAGCUGGAGAUGGAAAGCUUUCCCUCAUCCCGGGAAGAAAGCGCAUUCAGAUGAUGGGAGAUAGUGAUAGCGAGAGUGAUGCAUCAACUACCCCGAUUAAACCAGUACCGAUCCCGGUUGUUGGUGCUGUAAAAGAGAAUGGUGCUACCAAGUCACCAGCAGCACUUACGAUUAAGGAAAAGGAGCUGCGACUUCAAAAGGUAAGGCAGGCCUGCAUGGAGGUCGAUGCAAUGCUGCUACAAUCCUCGUUGGUAUCCAAUGAGUGGGAUGUUGACAAAGCGAUAGAAGAACUGAAAAAGACUGCCGUCAAACGAAAAAUCAUCGUGAGCCCAUCGCCGGUAAAGCCGGCGACCGCCGAAACGGCGACUAAUGGGAAGGAAAAAAAUCAGCAACAAGCGAAGAAGAGACGUGUGCAGGAACCGAACAGGAGCGAUGACGAAAGCGACGUAGACUCGGACCGUCCUGCCGAGCAGGUGUUCGACAGCGAUGAAGACAGUGAUGGUCACGGAGGAAGCUACAGCCAUGGGAAGCUGUCAAAUGAGCGCAAAAAUGUACUCGAAUUCCUUAACACUGCCGGGUUGAACGAGAUGAUAUGUGUGAAAACAUUGUCAAUGAAAAAGAUCGAACUGUUGCUAGAACAGCGCCCUUUCAAGGAUUGGUCGAAUCUGGUGGACAAGCUGAAAUCUCACCGAUCGCUUCAAACGGAUAUAUUGAACUACACGCAGGAGUAUUUGACGCGACGUAAAAACAUAGCGGCAAUGAUGAGCAAAUGUAAAAAAAUCACCAAAAAGCUUGAAGAGGCAAUAGCGUCCGGCAGCGGCACGUUGGUGGAGCAGCCGAGAAACAUAGCGGAUGGAUUCAAGUUAGCCGAGUAUCAACUGGUUGGCUUGAACUGGCUCACGAUCAUGUAUCGGCACAAAAUGAAUGCCAUCCUGGCGGACGAGAUGGGUCUCGGAAAGACGAUCCAGAUCAUUGCGUUCCUCGCCUGGUUGAAGGAAAACAAUCACCAGGAACGACCGAACCUGGUAGUGGUACCAUCUUCCACGAUGGACAACUGGGAGCAGGAGCUGGUCAAGUGGUGCCCCGAGCUAGUGAUACUGAAGUACUAUGGAAGCCAAGCCGAGCGACGCAUGAUACGAGUGGAUUGGGCCAAGAAUGGUAUCAAUGAGGUAGACGUCGUGCUAACCACGUAUCACAUGAUGGGUGCCUCUGGCGAGGAGAAAAAAAUGUGGCGCGUAACGCAGUUCGACUAUGUGGUGUUCGACGAAGCACACAUGCUGAAGAACGUUCACUCCCAGCGAUACCAGAACCUGAUACGUAUCAAUGCAAAGUAUCGCAUUUUGUUGACGGGCACUCCGCUGCAGAACAACUUGCUCGAGCUGAUGUCGCUGCUAUGUUUCGUGAUGCCCAAGCUAAUUGGCAGCAAGGUGGAGGAUAUCAAAACACUAUUCCAGGGCAAAGUGAAAACAAACAAAGGAGAAGGGGAGGAGGAACUGUCCUCGUUUGAGAAAAAUCAAAUUGAUCGGGCAAAGUUAAUUAUGAAACCGUUUGUUCUUCGCCGUCUCAAAAAGGAUGUGCUCGCGUUCUUGCCUCCCAAAAAGGAAGUUGUUCUGAAAACCUCGAUGAUCGAUUCACAGCAAGAAAAAUAUAAUGAAAUCGUCAACGAAUACCAGAAUGCAACAGGAAAAGUAAAGGAUUAUACCGAAAUUAGCGGAAUGUCCAUCAUGAUGGAUUUAAGGAAGCUUGCCAACCAUCCUCUGCUGUUGAGAUACUACUAUUCUGAUGACGAUGUACGCAAUAUUGCAAGAAAAUUGGCAACUGAUCCAGAUUAUAAAGGCACCAAAGAGGAUGAUAUUUUCUAUGACAUUGCGUACCUGUCCGACUUUAAGCUGUACGAAAUGAGAGAUAAAUAUACGACAUUGUACGAUUUGCAGCUGCCAGAAAAGUUGAUCACUUCUUCGGGUAAAUUCCGACAGUUGGAUGAGUUGCUGCCGAAGAUGAAGGAAGAAGGGCAUCGCGUACUGAUCUUUAGCCAGUUUACCAUGAUGCUGGAUAUUAUGGAACGAUACCUAAAAAUUCGUAAACAUGGUUUCCUGAGGCUAGACGGUUCGACCGCCGUAACUGAGCGGCAGGAGCUGAUCGAUCAGUACACGCAAGAUCCAGAUCUUUUCAUAUUUCUGCUGUCCACCAAGGCGGGCGGAUUGGGCAUUAAUUUGACCGCAGCGGACACUGUAAUCAUACAUGACAUUGACUUCAAUCCGUACAACGACAAGCAGGCAGAGGAUCGGGCCCAUCGAAUGGGUCAAAAGAAACCCGUUACGAUUUAUAAGCUGAUAUCGGAAGGAACGAUCGAGGAAGGCAUGCUAAUGAUUGCACAGCAGAAGCUGCAGCUGGAGAAGGAUGUCACGGAGCAGGACGGCAAAAACCCAAUGGAUGAUCACAAAUGCAUGGUUGGCUUGUUGACGAUGGCGCUCGGUUUGGACGAAAAGAAGGCCGAAACAAUACUGAAGAACGAGUCUCCCAUGAAGAAGCCGAUGCAGGAAGAGUUUUAAUUGCCAGCAGCUAACCGGAAGAAAUAUACUUACUUGGCAUCGGUUUUACGUUAGCGUUACCUGAAAUCCCCCGGAGCUGUGCGAAGGGGAAACAAGAACGACAUGCGGCUACUAGGGCUGAUUGUUAAACGUAUCUCUCUUAGAAUGAGAGCAAAUCGUGUUGCUUGGCUAGAUUAUUGUGAGAAGCUCUAGCUGGUAGUUCUAGAUGGACUUAAUUUCUGAAGAUUGCACAUUUUUUUUAUUAUUAUUAUUAUAUUUAUACGAGCUACGGCAGAUGGAGCCCUGUGAAGCAGAGACAUAAUGUGUAGUUGAUUAAUGGAAGCAAAUAUAUUUGUCCACUAUUUGUUAAGAAAAUGAAAAAGGCGAAA